AGUUCUAUAAAUCGUUAGUUUUCGUUUAGCGUGCUUAGUUUUUGCAAAAUGAGCGUCCAGAAAAGUAUUCUUGAUUUGCCUGCAAAGGUUAUAGGCUUAAUAUACGGAGAGCUUACUCUCCAUGCAAAACUGCAGUUGGCACAGGUGCACAAAGUCCUGCGAGAUGCUUUUAUCCUCUACAUCGGCGGACAAUUUCACCGCAUAUGUGUCGGGGACUUGCCCUAUGAAGCGUGGGCCGUAGUAUUGGAGAUGUGCGGACCGGGCGUCUGUGAUCUCAUUUGUAAUGACUUGAAGGCAGGAGAUCCCCGAGUGGAUUUGAUUCGAAAGUAUUGCGACAACUUGCGAUACAUGGAGGUGUCAUCAUCAGCUGAUUCUGGUUGCGGACCGGCCAAGGAGCUACUCUUCCAACGCACAGGGCUCCUUUCGCUCUACUUGUGCGUUCCCGAUCUGGGCGAAGUGCUUCAAUUACUGGUAGAUCUUCCAAAUAUAAAGGAGCUGUCGCUAUACAUGUUUUCUGCAAAAGGACUUACCCAAAUACAAAGACUGGUUCAUUUGACAAGUUUGCAUUUGACCAGUGGCAGCUCUGAAAUACUCAUUUGCCUGUUUGAUUUCUGCACAACAUUAACAAAACUUCGCAGGUUGGCCUUGAAUUACUUCAAAAUUCAAUGUGAUGGUAAAGGGGAUUUGCCUGCUUCUAUAAAGGCUCUUGAAUUACUUGGGUGCGAAGUCUUGACCGAACUUCCCUACUUUCCAAGACUUCAGUCGUUAUCUAUUAUAAAAACUAGUUGGUCAAAAGGCAAUUUCUGCAAGUUCGUUUCUGUACACAGUAAUACCCUUAGGCUCUUGAAAUUUUGUGCCAAGCGACAGUUGCAAGUAGAUGAGUUCCUUAAGAUUCUGAGUUCCGCAAGAAAAUUGAUAAGAUUGAACGUGGUAGUUCGUAAGGACGACAUUAUUACUGCUGAUUUUGUUGCGAACUUUAUUAAAAUCAUUAAGGAUAAUGGUGUUGCUACCUCAAGUCGUCCAUUGAAUAUGAGGAUAACUAAAUGCCAAUUUAAUGAGAUAUAUCAGUUGUUUGAUGAAUCACCAGGCUCCGAAAUCAUACGAUUGGGUUGGCUUGAUUUCCCGGACAUAAUACGUGAUUAAAGGAAAAGAGAUCCAACUUUGUCGAAGUCACUUACCAG